AUGAGUGCUCAUAGACAAACUCAUCGUUCUUUCCGUAAUCACACACAUAUUCAUUCUUCACUCAAUUAUCGCAAUCAUCAACAACGAGGCUAUAAUCAGCGUAACGCUCCAAGGCGCCCUGAUUAUCAGCCUUCUAGACGACAUGAUCACAAUGUUCAUAAUAAUCCACACGCCAAUUAUUGGUCCUCUGCUGAAUCUGAAUACUCUCCAGUUAUACCAUUAAUUAGUCCAUACUCUCUUUUCCCAUAUUAUGAUGAACAAAUUGAUGAUGUAUAUGUUGCAGCUCUACCAAUUGAGUUCAAUCGGAUUAGUGGAGAAACGUUUGAUUAUAUCAAUUACUGGACUCGUCGUUUGAUUGAUCAUGAGAGAAAUUUAAGAAUUGAGUUUCGUGCUCUGUAUGAUCGUGAUCCUGAGGAGGAAGAGGACGAUGAUGGCGAUGUGUUGAAGUAUUUGAAAAUAAGAACUCAUCAUGUUGUUGCUAAAGAUGAAAUCGAUACCGAAGUAGUAGAAGUAGCUGAGGUAGAAUCAGAUAUUUGUUCUAUAUGCCUAUCUGUAUACGAACACGAGGAGAAUAUUGGAGAGUUGCAAUGUGGACACGAGUAUCAUAUAGAUUGCAUCAAACAAUGGCUGUUGAAGAAGAAUGAUUGUCCCAUGUGUAGAGCUUCAAUUUUGCCUUCACAAGAACAGAGAUGUGCGUGCUUGAUGUGA